AUGAAAUGUCUCGGAGGAACAAAUAAUCGAACAUAUUGUCGACGAACCUGUCCAAAUGAUGCAUCGAUGCGAUAUCUCUGUAACGAUGGAACGACAUGUAUUUCGACGGGACAAUUAUGUGAUUUUGAUGUUGAUUGUUCAAGUGAAGACGAUGAAUUAUUAUGUAAGAAAAUCAAUGAAUCUGAUGGCGAUGUUAUUAUAAGUACGACGCGCAUUUGUUCAAAAUCGGAGACAUAUCAAAAUCGUCUGAUGACAAGUCUUUGUGGUCUUGAUGAGACAAAGAAAUUACUGAUAAAACCAUUUCAACUUUAUUUUGAGCAAUUCGAACGAAGACGAUCGAGAUCUUUGGAAGAGUUAAUACCUGAGUCCGUCGGCCGGUUUCGUCGUCCUUGCCAUCGUGGAGUUCCCAUUCAGGUGCAUAAUGAAAACAAUUCCAAUUUUCAAAGAUAUUGUUUAAUGUCCGCCGAAUUACUACGGACGAACCUGCCAUCAGUAUGAAAACCAACGAAUUGCAUUAACAAUUCAAUUUCGUGCAGAAAUUCAAUGGCGAACAGUUUUUACUUUUCUAAUCAUGUUAAUCGAUGAUGAGAAGAGUAUUGAUAAUUACGAACAGAUAAUCCAUCUUUCAAUGCGAGAUUGCAAAGCAAAAUUUCACUUUUCUUUAUUGUACAAGUCUCGUGCGAAAAAUUCUUCAAAAGCCUAUUCUAUUCGUAUCGAUUCAUUCGUUGCAAAUACAUUAGAAUAUCGUACCAGUUGGUUAUAUCCAAUCCAGUUUUCCUAUUUACCCGUUCAUCGAUCAGCUGUUCAACUACAGAUUCCUCUUUCAUCCAAGAAAACUUCUUGUUCACUUUCAUGUGGCCCGCACAGGACGUGCAUGCAAUAUGAAAAUCAAGAGAAAACAUUGUGU